ACUCUAGCGCCGUCCCCAAGGAUACUGCUUCUCUUCGGGGCCCGUAAAAACUUGCAUCCCCACGCCGGCUUUAGCGCGCAUCGAAGUUCGAAGCUAACGGAAACAGGGCGGUCCUGGGAACCCAGCGGCCAGCUGGGCGGGUCGAGGAGACACUUCCGCCCCUCACCAAUAUGGCUGCAGGCUGCGAUUGCGCAUGAGCAGCUGUCUAUGGAGCGCCCUAGAUCCAAAGAGGGAGAACGCUGCCGGGGGAAAUUGGCGACUAAAGCGGCUUGGGUCGUUCAGAGGACAACUUUAGGGUGUCGGUCCUUGCCUUGCUACCUUGUUGGAGACAGAGUCUCUUCACUGCUGCAUUUGCCACCCAGCUUCCAGGGAUUCCCUUACCUCUCCUGUUCGUCAGUCCAUCGAGGCGUGCUGUGAUUUACAGGUGCUCACGACGGCGUCCCUGCUCUCCCUGCUGCACCCCUUUCUUGUGAUUUAGCACUCAGACCUUUCAGUCAGGAGAUACGAAGAUUUCCAGAAGGAGACCAGAUCCUCGGAUGAGCCCCACACAGAGAGAUGAAGGGGCAGCAGAAAACAGCUGAAACCGAAGAGGGGACGGUGCAGAUUCAGGAAGGUGCAGUGGCUACUGGAGAGGACCCAACUAGUGUAGCUAUCGCCAGCAUCCAGUCAGCUGCCACUUUCCCCGAUCCCAACGUCAAGUACGUCUUCCGAACUGAGAAUGGGGGCCAGGUGAUGUACAGGGUGAUCCAGGUGUCUGAGGGGCAGCUGGAUGGCCAGACAGAAGGCACAGGUGCCAUCAGUGGCUACCCUGCCACUCAGUCUAUGACCCAGGCAGUGAUCCAGGGCGCUUUCACCAGUGAUGAUGCAGUUGACACGGAGGGAACAGCUGCUGAAACACACUAUACCUACUUUCCCAGCACUGCGGUGGGAGAUGGGUCAGGGGGUACCACGUCUGGGAGUACCACUGCUGUCGUUACCACCCAAGGCUCAGAGGCACUGCUGGGACAGGCAACCCCUCCCAGUACUGGUCAGUUCUUUGUGAUGAUGUCACCACAAGAAGUAUUGCAGGGAGGGAGCCAGCGUUCAAUUGCCCCCAGGACCCACCCUUAUUCCCCGAAGUCAGAGGCUCCCAGGACAACUCGGGAUGAGAAACGCAGGGCUCAGCAUAAUGAAGUGGAGCGCCGCCGCCGGGACAAGAUCAACAAUUGGAUUGUGCAGCUGUCCAAAAUCAUCCCAGAUUGCUCUAUGGAGAGCACCAAGUCUGGCCAGAGUAAAGGUGGAAUCCUAUCCAAAGCCUGUGAUUAUAUCCAGGAGCUGCGGCAGAGCAACCACCGGUUGUCGGAAGAAUUGCAGGGGUUGGAUCAGCUGCAGCUAGACAAUGAUGUGCUUCGGCAACAGGUGGAAGAUCUUAAGAACAAGAACCUGCUACUCCGAGCUCAGUUACGGCACCAUGGAUUAGAGGUCGUCAUCAAGAAUGACAGCAACUAACUCUGGGGAUGCAGGGGCUUUGGGCCCUAGAACUGCAGAGAGCCCGGGAGCAACAGGCUGAUCCCUCGCCCCUUCCUUCACUGCCUACUUCUGGCGUGUAGGGGAGUCUGGCAAGCGUGUCUUUGAACUGAGGCCUGUGGUGUGGCCGUCUGCAGAGAGUGGUGUAAAACACGAAGUGGACCCUUCCUGACAGCCUCGCCUGCUCCCGCUGUGUAGUCCCCGGGCCCUUGUGCUCCUCCGCACAUUGCAUGUGCUGUUUCCAUGGACACUGGACACACUAAAUCUGGGCUUGCCUUGUGCUUGCUUAGAGUGCCCAGCAGAGGGUCCGUGGACACUGUGGGUUUAGCACUUCUACUGGUUCUUCCUUUCCCUGGAGCAGGAGCUAAGAUUGCACCUGAUGACUCUGGGGAGCAGGCUUAUUCGGGAUGGGGGAAGGAUGUAGGUGGCUGCUAUCCCAUGAGUAGUCGAGGGGCCAGUGAGCAGCUGGGGCCUCUGCAGAAGUCUCUGAAGCCAGGGUGAAAGAUAGGCAGGGGCUCACCGAGAGCCUUCCCCUUCUGGGGGUGGUUCUUUUUAUUUCUUUUCUUUUCUUUUUUUUUUUUUUAAGAUAAAAUUGUUUAGAGCCACA